CAGGUACUGCUGAUUUUUGGUGUGAAGAGAAUGGCCAAUUGAUACCUCAGGAAACCCAAAAUUGCCGGCAGAUUUGAGAGGUUCAGUGAUGGUGUGGAGAAGAAGCUAAUCUCCAGGAUUCCUAUGAUAAUCGGUGUUUUGCGUGACGGUUUGGAGAAAAAUCCGAUCUCCAGGUUCCGUACUACAAUUGGAUUUCAGGUGACGGUUCUUUCUGGGAUUAGUUUGUUAACUCUGUUUUCUUCCUUUCAUGGUUUCGUUCUCAUUCUUUCUUCUUUUGGAGGGUUUCUUCGUCCCCUUUCCGAGGAGGUUGGGUCACCGAGGUAUAUUACAAGGAUUCCGAUGGUAAUUGAUGUUCUGCCGUGCCUUAUCCGUAACCUUAUGAACGAGCAAAAGCGAGCGAUGGGU